GACUGGUCUUUGCUCUGGUGUGCCCCCCACGGAGCCUGGCUCUGUUUCCUUCCUGUUUCCUCCCUAAUCUCUCUGAGCAUCGGGAGUCAGUGUGGACUUUACAUGUGGAAAAGGAGCUGGGAAAUAAGGGGCUACUUCCAAGGGCAGCUUUGCCUGUCUGUCGGAGGUACAGAGCUCUCAGCCACCCUGAGCUAACAGAGACCUGAAGCCAUUGUAUGUGGUCUCCCAUCCAUAGCAGGGUUGAUACCAUCAUGCCUCCUUGGGUAGCCUUCCCCAGCCUCAUACUACUUUGGGCAGAUGUUGUUGUUUCUCAGACACGCGUGACUGGAGUGGUGGGACAGUCUGUCACGCUACCGUGUACCUACUCAACAGCUGGUGGAAUCGCACCCAUGUGCUGGGGCCAAGGGCCUUGCUCUUUAUUCAGAUGCUCAAAUACACUCGUAUCGACUGAUGGCUACCGUGUCACCUUUGAGAAGGACAAACGUUAUAGGAUGAAUGGAAUCAUUUCCAGAGGGAAUUUGUCUCUAACUAUACAGAAUGCAGCCCUGUCUGACACUGGCACCUAUUGUUGCCGUAUUGAGUUCAAAGGGUGGUUUAAUGAUUAUAAAGAGAAUAUAUUUUUGGAGAUAAAGCCAGCUCCAACCACUGCUCCAACACCACCUAAGGUCUUCAGCUCUGCUCCUACCACUCCAGGGACCACGAAGAACCUCAAGACAGCUCCACCUAAGGUCACCAGUGUUCCAACACCACCUAAGGUCUCUACCUAUGCUCCUAUAAUUCCAGAACCAACAUGGAACCUUAAGACAGCUAUACCUAACGUCACCAUGAUCCCAACAUCACCUACCAGUAUGGUUUCCACCUCAGCUACUGCAACGCCAGCACCCACGCAGAAAUUCAAGACAGAAACCACUUCAUCUUCUCCACUGCAGACAACAGAAACCCAGCCUAUCAGACCACAGGAAACAAGUACGACCACCUCAUCAUUGAACUCUUCUUGCCCAACAGAUGGGAAUAGCACUGUGCCACAACCUUCAGAUGGCAGUUGGCAAUGCAAUAAAACUCACACGGACUUGAAUCAAAAUUCAUGCUUGAGCACCAAUAAGUCACUCUACAUUGGACUCUCCAUUAUGGCCAUGGUAUUGUUGCUCACUAUUUUGGCUGCCAUAGUUUCCACAAAAUAUUUGUGUGGGAAAAUAAAGGUGUUGCAAAGAAGUGAAGAACUUCAGACGGGAACUUCGCAAAAUGAAACUGCAGUGCACUACCAAGCACAUGAAAGUAUCUACUUUAAGAAUGAUCUUCACAAUGUGCCUUAAGACCCAGAGGUUCUCCAAGGCUUUAGGCCCUUGACUGCAGAAGGCAAUGACCAGAUCUCACCAUGUCUGUCCUUUUCAGCUCCAGGAUGAUUUUUCUGUCAAUAUUUCAUGGCGUUACAACAUGUCAGUGAUGUUGGUUAGAGUGUCUUUAGCUCAUCAGUGUGUAGUCACCCUUAUUGGUAAUUAGUCUUAAUUUUUUAUACAAAAAUUGGCACAGUCUUUCUGGGCAUAGCAGAGCUCUCUCCCAAAUACAAACUGAACAUUUUAGAAUUGUAUAUUUUGUUUAGACCCUAUGAGUCAUGUAUCCAUCAAGAAUUCUCAUUGGGUAGACAAUAAAUGAACCAAUACUUUGGUCACCAUAGCUGUCAAAAACAUUAAAAUAGGACUUAAAAU